CCUGACUAUUUGAUUUGCCAAAUCCUCAAAAACAGAGUCGUUUCAUUCGAGUCAAUUGACAAACACCAAAUCCUCAAAAACCUUUUCCUAUCAGAAGACUGAACAAACCACCACAGCACCGUCGUCCAAAACCCUAGGAUGGACCUUCUAAAGCAAGAGCUUCUCAAAAAACGCCAAUCCCUAGCCGAAGAAACCGGCGGCAAGAAAUUCUUCAAACGCUCCGAGAUCCAACAGAAACAAAUCCAAAAACUCCGCGAAGAAGAAAAACGCGAACUCGAAGCCAAAUCUAAAAAACGCAACUCAACGACUUCCGAUACGGUCUCCACCGUAACAACCUCAUCAACCAACGCUUCCUCCUCCGUCACAUCCGCUGCUGCUUCAUCCAGCGCUUCCCUCCCCGAUGAACAAAACAUCGACAGCCUCGUCCUUCCUAAACAAGAAGUCAUCCGCCGUCUUCGUUUUCUCAAACAACCGGUGACGCUAUUCGGCGAAGACGACGAUGUGAGACUCGAUCGGCUUAAAUACGUUCUCAAAGCUGGAUUGUUUGAAGUGGAUAGUGAUAUGACGGAGGGACAGACGAAUGAUUUCUUGCGUGAUAUCGCGGAGUUGAGGAAGAGGCAGAAGACGGGGAUUUUGAGUGAUAGGAAGCGGCAGAAGGCUGAGGACGGUGCUGCUGAGGAUGGUGAUGGUGGUGCUGGUGAUGAUGAUUUGAGUGAUUGUGGUGGAUCUAGUGGUGGUGAUAAUGAUAAGGAUUUGAAAAGGAUGAAGGCGAAUUUCGAGGAGUUGUGUGAUGAGGAUAAGAUUUUGGUGUUUUUCAAGAAGCUGUUGAAUGAGUGGAAACAGGAGUUGCGUGAGAUGGCGGAGACGGAGAAGCGGACUGCUAAAGGGAAGUCUAUGGUUGCUACAUUCAAGCAGUGUGCGCGAUACUUGAACCCGCUGUUUAAGUUUUGUAGGAAGAAGGUUCUUCAGGAUGACAUUCGGCAGGCACUAAUGUUGAUGGUUGACUGCUGUAUGAGGCGAGAUUAUCUGGCUGCAAUGGACCAUUAUAUCAGGCUGGCUAUCGGGAAUGCUCCCUGGCCUAUUGGUGUUACUAUGGUUGGUAUUCACGAAAGAUCUGCCCGUGAAAAGAUCUACACAAAUAGUGUUGCUCACAUCAUGAAUGAUGAAACAACUCGUAAGUACUUACAAUCAGUGAAGAGGUUAAUGACAUUUUGCCAACGGCGUUACCCGACAUUGCCAUCAAAAGCAGUUGAGUUUAACAGUUUGGCAAAUGGGAGUGAUCUGCAGUCACUUUUAGCAGAAGAGAGAUUUAGUGGGGGCAAUCAGUCAUCUGAGGAGAGGCUUAGGAUAAUGCCUGCUCCAAGAGAAAGUUAGUCGUACAUGUUAUUUUCCCUGAAUUGACAUUAUCAUAUGAUAUGUUAUGUACUAUUAUUGAGAAUCCAUGCAAUGUACGAGGAGAAAUUCGCCGACAUAAAAUAUAUGUCGUUGCUAAAUUCAGUCUCUGCUUCUAUUUUUUUCUAAGCGGUUGUAUUAAAGGAAUGCAUGCAUCUGUCAAAAUGGAGAAAACAUGUAAAAUUCUGAUAUUUUCUA